UUGCGGCCAGUGAGUUGUCUUCCCGCCUUUUCCUAUUGGUGGAGCCCGGAGAGUGGAGGAAGCCGUGGAUUGGCUCUCGGCGCCCACGUGACUGCCGCCGUGUGACGAGUGUGUAGGCUGGUCGUCGUCGUUGCUGCUGCGUAGGGUACGAGCACGGCGGGCGGGGGGUGUUUCCUGUUCUCCCGGCAUCCUCUGCGCGGUCAGUAUUCCUUCCUCUCCCCACAUCCUCCUCCUUCUCCCCGCUCUGCCUGUGUCGGUAAGAUGGCGGCGACUGUGAGUCUGCGACAAGGAGACCUGGUGUGGGGGAAACUAGGUCGGUAUCCGCCGUGGCCUGGAAAGAUCGUCAAUGCGCCCAAAGAUUUAAAGAAGCCGCGCGGCAAGAAAUGCUUGUUCGUGAAAUUUUUUGGAACUGAAGAUCACGCCUGGAUCAAGAUGGAGCAGCUGAAGCCGUAUCAUGCCCACAAGGAGGAGAUGAUUAAAGCGAAUAAAGGCAAGCGCUUCCAGCAAGCAGUGGACGCAGUGGAUGAGUUCCUGAAGAAAGUGAAGGCAAGGCAGGAAAAGCAGGAACAGAACUCUGGUGACGACAAAGGCAAGAAAGCAGAAGGUAAAUCUAAGAAGAAGGCUGGAGAAAAGAAGAGGAAGUCCUCAGAGUCCAAGCCACCUACCAAGAAAUCCCGCGACCAGAGCCCACGUAAACGUGGACGGCCACCCAAGGAAGAAAAGGACACCACGUCCCCCCAGCCUAGCUCACUGAAGAAACUGGCAAUGAAGACUGUGUCUCGGUUCAGCUGGCCCCCACCCACGAGCGAGGAGGACACAGCGGGUGACAGCUGGCUGCUACACGGGCACAGGACACUUGGCACAGAGAUGGUGUUGAAAAAGCCCAGCGUCACGUACCAGGCCAUCAGCAAACGGCUGAAAGUAUCAGAAGAGGUCACAGGCUCAACCUCAAUCCAGGCAGCAGACAGCACAGCUAUCAACGGCAACAUCACACCCACAGACAAGAAGAUCGGAUUUCUCGGUUUGGGCUUAAUGGGCAGCGGCAUCGUAUCCAACCUGCUAAAGAUGGGGCACACGGUGACCGUAUGGAACCGGACUGCGGAGAAGAACGCGUCUGGAGGAAUUCACAGUGAAGUGUGGGAUCCCGAUGAGAACAGCAAGUGCGACUUGUUCGUUCAGGAGGGGGCACAUUUAGGCAGAACUCCAGCGGAGGUGGUCUCUACCUGCGACAUCACAUUCGCCUGCAUGGCAGAUCCCAAAGCAGCAAAGGAUCUGGUGUUGGGGCCCAGCGGGGUGCUGCAAGGGAUCCGUCCAGGAAAGUGUUACGUGGAUAUGUCUACGGUGGACCCAGAGACGGUGACGGAGCUGGCACAGAUCAUAGUGUCUCGGGGCGGCCGCUUCCUGGAAGCCCCCGUGGCCGGUAACCAGCAGUUAUCAAACGACGGCAUGCUCAUGAUCGUGGCAGCCGGGGACCACGGCGUCUAUGAAGAUUGCAGCAGCUGCUUCCAGGCCAUGGGCAAGACCUCCUUCUUUCUGGGGGAGGUGGGGAACGCAGCCCGGAUGAUGCUCAUCAUUAACAUGGUCCAGGGCAGUUUCAUGGCCACGAUAGCAGAAGGCAUGACCUUGGCGCAGGUGACCGGCCAGUCCCAGCAGACCCUGCUGGACAUCCUGAUCCAGAGCCAGCUCUCCAGUAUUUUCCUGGACCAAAAGUGCCAAAACAUCCUGCAGGGGAACUUCAAACCAGACUUCUAUCUAAAGUACAUCCAGAAGGACCUGAGGCUCGCCAUCGCCAUGGGAGACUCCGUCAACCACCCUACCCCUAUGGCCGCCGCAGCCAACGAGGUCUACAAAAGAGCGAAAGCAUUGGACCAAUCUGACAACGACAUGUCCGCCGUGUACAGGGCCUACAUCCACUAGUUGCUCCUUCUCCGCCUCUGUCCCUUCUUUGUAGAUCUCCUCCUCUUCUCAUUGGGCACCAGCCUCUAGCUGUCCACGGACUGUCGCCACGUCGGCUCCUCUCCAGGCAGCGGUGCCAGACUCGCUCCGGCCUUGCACUAAUGGCGACAGUUCCUCCACCGUUCUCUCCGCAGUGGGGCCCUCCUGGUGCGCAGAACUUGUAGUUGGAGUGAGCCCCUCCCUACCCCCGAUGCAAGCUCCCCUCGAGGACCCCCACCCCCCCACUUCACUGCUGAAGGACAUACGAACGUUACCUUGUAGACACAAGAACGCCGGUCCUCCAGAUGACUACUUUCUUGGAAGAUUUGCCUAGUUGUACAGUGCACAAGAUUAUUAUUUUUUUUGUUAGGAUCCCCCCGCAUCUCAGUCACCCCUCGGCAGCGCUCUGUGAUCACCCCCUUUUCCCCUACGGACCGUACUAUAAAGAUGGGGUGCGGUAAGUGCAACCGCCGGAGACUACAGCUCACCUGAGGACUGUCGUGCACCCUUUACAGCAGUGGUUUCCAGCGCUAGUAAAAUUACAACUCCCAGCAUGCUGUGACGGCCAGUGGCAGGACAUGCAGAGAGUUGUAGUUUUGCAGCAGGUUGGAAACCACUGCUAUAAAGUGUAGGCUCAUUGCUGGAAUGCAUCUACCUAUAUUUCAUAUGCUCUGCUUGACUUGGUCUUAUACUCCAGUUACAUCCAAAGCUGCAUUUACAAUUCUGUUAGGGUGCAGGAUGACAUCUCAUUGCCACUGCUGGCUGGACUGGGGUCUUUGUAGUACAUUGUGGGAGAUGUAGUAUUUCACAAUAUGUAUUACCUAGGCACAGGAUUGGGGGUCCGACUACUGGGACCCCUAGUGACUGGGGGACCCCGAGUCCCCUGUGUGAAUGGAGCAGUAGUGUGCAUGACCACCGCUCCAUUCACUGCCUAAGGCUCGGCUAAUAUUAAGCAGUCCCUAUAGAAGUGAAUGGAGUGGUGGUCACAUACUACCGCUCCACCCACUCGGGGGACCCCCGUUCUUGUGUUCAAUGGGGGUCCCAGUGGUUGAGCCCCCGGCGAUGAUGCGAUUAUACGCCAUCUCCCGCAAUCCAUCAGCUGCACCAUAUAGUGUUAAGUCAAGUCUUUGAAUGCUGCUUUGGGUGUGACUAGAGUAUAAGCGCCAGUAAAGCAAAGUGUUUGGGCUCAAAGUUAGUGAAAGCUAUGGCUGCGCUGAGACCAGCGGGGCCUGUCACCAGAUGUCCCACUGGGCGCCGCUGCUCCCAAACCUCUGGCCGUUUCAUCAGUAGUGGCAGCUAAACCCGUCUCCCUCCUCCUCCUUUUGCAGAUUCGACAAAAAAAAGUUGGUUUGUAUUUUUAUUUUUUUUCCUUUAUGAAAACUUUUUAAAAGAAAUCCUUGUUUUAUUUAUUCGUGUUUUUAUCUGGUUUUAUUGUGGGUUAUUUUUUUUUUAAUGACUAAGUUUUGGGAUAAGCUAGAAGGAGAUUCCCAGUCAGGCUCAGGGGGUGGGGGCUUCCUGCAGGAUUUCCUGUGGGUGCACAAGGAGGUCGGGGGGGGUGCACAAGGUUUCCUGAUGUAUUUACAACAGCGAUGAGUCCCAAACGUCCAUCAUUUCACUUGUUUGGAUCCAAUGUUCUGUGCGGAUACAGAGCUCCAAAUCUCCUGCGUUGGACAGUUAAGUAGUAAAAUUCCACUACCUGCAGCCACCACUAGAGGUCACUGCAUAGGGGUUGACAUCUGUGUAUCAACGCUGUGCAGUGAGCUCCCUCUAGUGGUGGCCGCAGGCAGUGGAAUUUUAUGACUUCUCUGCCUUACGCAGGGGAUUUGGAGCUCUGUAUCGGGCAAAUGAAGCUCCAGUCGCUAUAAAGUAAGAAAGGGUGGAGGUUCACUUUAAGGUAUCUGUAGCUGCCCUGACAGUCCAAAGAGUCAAGGGGGUACAGUGGUCUUCUGAAAGGUCAUGGGGGUAAGUCGGUGACAUGGGGAGCUGUACUCUACAGGGUCAGACCCCCUUGGGCACUGCUCAGAGACUUCUUUCUAAUAAUGUCACUGUGUCAGGUCUCCAACCUAUGGCUGUCCAGGAGUUAAGAAACUACAACUCCCAGCAUGCCUGGGGCUGUAACUUCGCCAUCGCAGGAGAUCCACAGGGAGUGGAGACCACUGAUCACGGACCUGGCGGAAGAUCAUUAUCCUUAGAUUUUCCUCUUUAAAUGACUGUAGUCACCACAAUGCAUAAGUAUUCACACCCUCAAUGUAUCUGCUCAGGGUGAAUCUGGUACCGUCACUUGUGGGACGUAGGGAAGUGACCAGCAGAGCCGCGCCGCCAUAUCCCCUCCACCGCCCUUCAGCUUUUCCCGUUUUCUGAUUGCCGCACACGCUGUCACGUCCCCCCCGCUUUGCCUCUUAUCAGACUUACCUGAUAACCUACUUUUUUUUUAUUUUAUUUUUUUUAAUUAUUAUUAUUAUUAUUGGGGGAGGGGGGGGGCAUUGUGAAAUGGGAGGGACUUUUAUGUUUUAUAAAGUUUUGUCAU